AUGUUGAACAUAUUUGUGUGGUUAUCACUUUCGUUGAUUAGUCUGUCCUGGGCCCAAGGAUCGCAUUAUUUACCACCAACGAAUACGGCCAUGGAACCCAUCAUAACCAAGCAGUUUUACAGCAUAUCACCCGCCGAAGAUCCUGAGGAUCUGGAGCCAAGGACUAAACAUUUGGUGAUCGGACAGCCGCGCAGAAAUUACCGAGUGAUUUUCAUCCGCGCUCCAACGGGAAACAGCGAGCAUGUGAAAUAUACGGCGGAGUUGGCGCCUCAGGAGGAGCGAACUGUCAUCUAUGUGCUUACCCGGAAGCAACAGGAACUGGAGGCCGCCGAUAUUGUUGCACCGCAGCAGAAGUCUCAAGUCGAACAGAAGACGGAUGUAUUCUUCAUCAAGUACAAAACCAACGAUGAGGCAGCGGCUGCCCAAAGGGAAAUACAAACGCAAUACGAUCAACUUGGUGGAAAUACGGAAAUCGCAGCGCCCUAUGUGGCGCCCAUUAAAUCGGUGAUUGGAGCACUCAGUAGCCCCCAAUAUCCAGCAGCUCCAUAUCCAAUUCAAAGACAAUCCCCUGGCUAUCACUACGAUAGGCCCGUCUCCACAAUCUUGGCGCCAGUGGAACGAACUAACUGAAGCGUCGAUUAUAUCCGCAACUUGUUGAAUAUUCCAUGCUAUUUGCAUAUAAUUGAUAAGACAUUUCCACCAACGAAGUUUUUGUUUUUUGUUUUUUUUUUUUGUUUAGCAUAAUUUUUGCAAACUUUUUUAUCUGAUUUGCUUUGUGUUUAAAAUAGAUACUGACAAAAGUGCUUUGACCCUGUGACAAAGGAGAAGAAUUCGAGAUGAGUUUGCAAAGGGCUUAUUUAUUUGGCCAACAGGUGGUUUAAUUAAAAUUAUAAUAAUUACCACAACCAAUAAACA